CUGAAAUGAAAUGUAUGAGGGCAGCGGCGAGUUGGGACACGUCUUUGGAGAGACAAGGUGCAGGAGAGGGCUCACCGUGACUUCAUGUUUUCAUCCCUCCACUGAAGGAGAUCCACAGACUUGUCGGCCGGUUUUACCGUCUCUGUGAGUCGGCGGAGGAGUCUCGGUGACUCCCGGUCUCUCGCUCAUCGGACAGCCUGCCGUCCGUCCAUCCAAUGUGCGUAAAAGGUUUCCAUUUCCUCACCGUCCUGGCUGGACUCGCAGCUUCAGGUGUGCUGCAGGUCAGCGGGAUGCGUAUAUACACAUCUGGGGAAGUCGAGGCGGUCAAUGGGACAGAUGUUCGUCUGAAAUGCACGUUUGAGAGUUCGUCUCCCAUCAACAUCAACCUGGUCGUCAUCUCCUGGACGUUCAGGCCCCUCGGACCCGGCCGAGAAGAGUCGGUGUUCCACUUCCAGCAGCGGCCGUAUCCGCCUGUAGAGGGCAUCUUCAGGAAGCGAAUCGUUUGGGCUGGUGAUGUCAUGGGCCGUGACGCCUCGAUCAUAAUUCGCGAGGUGAAGUUCACCUACAACGGCACUUACAUCUGCCAGGUUAAGAACCCGCCGGAUGUCCACGGCAGCGUUGGACAGAUAAAACUCCGUGUCGUCACAACAGCUUCUUUCUCCGAACUCCUCCUUCUGGCGCUGGCCAUCGGGGGCGGCAUCGCUGUGGUGGUCAUCCUCCUCAUCAUCAUCGUGUCCUGCAGAAGGUGCAAGAAGAGGAGACAGAGACAGAUGGAGGGGAACGAAGAGGCUCCCCGCAAAGAAAGAAAAGACCCCACUGUGUGCCACCCGUCGAAGGCCAUCCACCUCUACCUAUCAGAGACGUCUAUAGAGAUUGACAGUUCAGACGGCAUGAUUUCAGACCCCAGCACCCCGAGCUCGAGCUCCUCAGAGGACGAGGGCCCCAGCUCAGAUGAUGACGACGAUGGUGACGACUCUGACUGAAGAGGUGGGAUCAGAACAGAGAGAUGGAAACACUGAAGCGAAGUCACCCAGGGAUCUUGCUGAAGGGAAGCCCAGACGGCACCUGUGGAUCCUGCUGAGUGGAGGCUGGAUGAAGAAAGAGCUGCUGCUGAGACGAAGGCAACCGCAUUGUUCAAGAAUGUGAGGAAAAGUUUGAAACUUUCCAAACAAGAGCAAAGAGAUUACAACAGUGCCUCUGAUGAAGAGCUGGACCAAAAGUACAGUAACUUUACUUUUCAGAGAGUCCAGAAAUAUUCAUAUGAGGGAAGAAAUGCUGAAUGAGAGCCUCUGCAAUCCUGAACCUGGCUUAGUGACUUUUCUGAAGGGAAAAAGGGGUCAGUAGUUGUCUCUUGGUUUAGACAUGAGUCUUGUAAAGUAUAGGAAGUCAAUGCUAAAAUCAGCAGCAGCAAGCGAUUCCAUUGACGUUAUUGGCCUGUAUCUACAUAGAAUAAAGACAGCGUUUUCUGCCAUGAUGAGCCAUACACAUAUUUUUACAUAUCUAAGGGUGCCUACAGCUUUUUAAAACUCUUUUCUUGUUAGCUUCUCUGGGAUCAUCUGUCAUACAACAGCUAUGUUUUACAGCUGAAAGUCAUUAUGAACAACGUAGGUCUUGCAUUUCAAUCAUUGUGCACGUCAUCGUGAUAACUGCCUGUCCGUGAGUACUUCCAUCCUGCACAUGUAGGCCGAGGUGCUUACACUAUGUCACAUCAGAUUACUUUGACCAAAAAAGAAGUCUAAAUGUGAUGUUGCUGCCAUUUAGUCUGAAGGCCAAAUACUUGAUCAGUGAGCAAACAACUGCAUGCUGGCACCUGCCCUGAAUGUCGUGUGGGAGCAACACAGUCAGAUCUGAAAACCCUUUGAUUGCAAAAUGUCCUUGAGAGCCUGUUUUUCUCUCCUGUGAAUGCAUCACGUCUACUAACAAAUGACCAUACUGCUGUCUUUCGUCCUUGCAUGACAGACUUUUUACCUGUGUUUUAAUAUUGAGCAGUAUGUUUAUAGACUUUUUGUGUUUUCUAGUUUUCUAGGUAAUGCCAGAAAUAUUUCAUCAUGUUGUUUAAAAAUGUCACCGUAUAUGUAUUUGUUAUAGAGCUUUUAUAAAAGAAAAACAUUUUCUAAUAAAAAUGCCUUUAAACCUCUA